AUUUUUAUUUUGUUACAAACAAACAAGAAACGUCGGUGUUGCAGCACUUCAAAAAACUGUAGUUCUUCUCCAAGCCUCUAGAUGGCGACAGGGCGCAGAGUUGCACUUAAACUGCGAAUAGCAGCAAGUGUCGAUAAAGGCUAACGACUGGAGCUAACCUGUGUCUCUAUCCACCCCAGUUCUGGGGGGAUUUGUUGGAUAUUAGUUUACUGGCUUGUUUUGAGUCGGUUUUAUUUGCCAAAAAAAAAUGCAGAAAUAUGAAAAGCUUGAGAAAAUAGGAGAGGGUACUUAUGGGACUGUUUUCAAAGCUAAAAACAGAGAAACCCACGAAAUUGUGGCUUUAAAAAGAGUCAGACUAGACGACGACGAUGAGGGGGUACCGAGUUCUGCUUUGAGGGAAAUCUGUCUUUUGAAGGAACUAAAGCAUAAAAACAUCGUCAGAUUACACGAUGUGUUGCACAGUCACAAUCUAACCCUGGUCUUUGAGUAUUGUGAUCAGGAUUUGAAGAAAUAUUUUGACAGCUGCAAUGGGGAUCUAGAUCCUGAAACUGUGAAGUCAUUCAUGUACCAGCUGUUGAAAGGCCUAGCUUUCUGUCCCAGCCGAAAUGUCCUUCAUAGAGACCUGAAGCCUCAGAAUCUCCUCAUCAACAGAAACGAAGAAUUGAAGCUUCCUGACUUUGGGCUGGCCCGAGCUUUUGGUAUUCCAGUGAGGUGUUACUCUGCUGAG